GAAAAUCUGUCUGUCCAAUCUUUAUCAUGACACUCAAAUGCUUCAACCCUUUUCUGCUUUUUCUCACACUUAUCACGAACUCUAACCAAGAAACCUUCCAGGUUGAAAUUUGGAAGUAAAUGAGUAAAAUACCAGCAAGUUAGCUUGUACUUUCAACCUGUCUACAUCUGUAUUUAUGUAUAUGAUACUAAAAAGCAUUUUCUUUCGUUCUUUUUUCUGGCGGCAAUUCAUUUCUGAUCAUAUAUUGAACCAUAUCUGCAUGUAAUUUUCUUUGUAUACAAACGCCCGGAAAUGGGUUCCACAAAGUUUGGAUUUUUUCAAACUCUUUUUUGUAUAUAUAUUCUUUGUGGUUAGUUCUUAGCAGAGAUAAGAUUAAGGAAUACUUCUUGCAAUUCUUGUAAAAAGCUUUCUUUGCCAUGGACGCAAAUCAAUUGAACAAGCCUCUUCUUUUGAGUGAUGGAGUUGAGCCUGAUUAUGUCAAAAAAUCAUCUUUUUUAGUAUCAUCUGUGAAAUGGACUUUAAAGAUUGUAAUGUGGGUGAUUUUCAUUGCUUGGGUUGGUCUUAUUUUUCUGUAUCCUGGAGAAAUUGGUAAUCAGUUGGCUGAGAAAAUAAUUAAUGCCACCAGGGGAUCUGUUUUUGGGAUUACAGGAAGUUUAUUCGUGGUAUUCAGUGCUCCGGUUCUUAUCAUUGCAUUCCUUGCUGUAGCUCAUCUUAUUAUCUCUGGUGGAGAUGUGUUUGAAAAGAGGAAGACCUCAAAAAGUCCUAGAUUUCGUUUGUGGACUUUCCCUGUUCUGGUGGAUGGACCAUUUGGGGUUGUAUCUGCUGCUGAGCUUAUUGGGAUUAUCCUUUUUGUUGUGUUUAUUUUCUGGGCUGUGUAUGCUUACACCUUGCGGAACCUUAGCCUCAUGACUCUGUUUGACAUUCCUUCUACAGAAAAAGGUAUAGUCAUGUUGGAACUGACAGGACUCCGGUUUGGAAUGAUCGGAUUACUCUGCUUAGCAUUUUUGUUCCUCCCUGUUGCAAGGGGUUCACUUCUUCUUCGUCUUAUAGACAUCCCUUUUGAGCAUGCUACAAGAUAUCAUGUAUGGUUGGGACAUCUGACCAUGACGCUCUUUACACUCCAUGGGCUGUUCUACGUAAUUGCAUGGGCAAUAAAAGGAACCCUCCUGAAGGAAUUAUUGGAGUGGAGAAACAUUGGUAUUGCUAAUCUACCAGGAGUUAUCAGCCUUUUAGCUGGCUUGUUUAUGUGGGUUACAUCACUUCAUCCAGUGAGGAAGGACUACUUUGAGUUGUUCUUCUAUACACAUCAACUAUAUGUAGUCUUUGUUGUCUUCUUGGCGUUGCAUGUUGGUGAUUUUGUUUUUAGCAUAGCUGCUGGAGGAAUAUUUAUUUUCAUGCUUGAUCGCUUCCUGAGGUUCUGCCAAUCACGAAGGACUGUGGAUGUACUUUCAGCAAAGUGCCUUCCAUGCGGGACAGUGGAAUUGGUCCUCUCAAAACCUCGAAAUUUGGGGUACAAUGCACUUAGUUUUAUUUUUCUUCAAGUUCGAGAAUUAUCUUGGCUGCAGUGGCAUCCAUUCAGUGUUUCAUCUAGUCCUCUAGAUGGUAAAUAUCAUCUAUCUAUUCUCAUAAAGGUUCUAGGGGGAUGGACUGCAAGGUUAAGGGACAAUAUCUUAAGUAUGUCCGAGACAGAACCACAAAAGGAUCUUCCUUUUCUGACCAAAACCACGAUAACAGCUUCUGUUGAGGGACCUUAUGGGCAUGAAUCACCAUACCACUUGAUGUAUGAGAACCUAAUUUUAGUGGCUGGUGGUAUUGGGAUUUCACCAUUCCUGGCUAUUCUAAGUGAUAUCCUCCAUCGUGUAAGGGAUGGAAAGCCUUGUCUACCAAGAAAGAUUUUGCUUGUUUGGGCUGUUAAAAAGUCAGAUGAGCUUCCUCUUCUUUCAACAAUUGACAUGGAGUUGAUUUGUCCUUUUUUUGCUGACAAAGUAAAAAUUGAGAUUAAUAUUUAUGUCACUCGAGAAUCAGAGCCUUCUUUGGAAGAAGGUAAUGUUCAUGUGGCUUUGAACUCUUCUGCCUGCCCUCUCUCUGGUUGUAACAUGUCAAUUUUGGUUGGUACUGGAAACAAUAUAUGGUCUGGCCUGUAUGUUAUCAUAUCGACUGUAGGAUUUGUUAUUUCAGUGGCUUUGUUGCGUAUCUUCUACAUAAAUCCAUACCAGGUAUCUACCUGGUGGUACCAGGGUUUUCUUUUCAUUGCGUGCAUGGUUGCAAGUGUUAUAAUCUUUGGGGGUCUUGUGAUUAGUUUAUGGCACCUUUGGGAUAAAAAAGUUUCUGCAAGGGAUGAACAUGAGGACAAUGACAGGACAAAGGUUAAAUCUGCUCAGAGCAAUGAGACUGUGGCAACCAAAGAUUUGAGGCAGAAGAAUCUUGAAAAUUUUACUACUAUUCAAUAUGGUUCCAGACCAGACUUCCAAGAAAUAUUUGGAUGCACAAGCAGGAAAUGGGGCCAUGUCGAUGUAGGUGUCAUUGUUUGCGGUCCUCCAACUCUUCAGUCAAGUGUUGCCAAGGAAAUCAGGUCACACAACAUUAGGAGACAACGCCAUCAAGCGAUUUACCAUUUCAACAGUCAUAGCUUUGAUCUAUAAAACUCCAAGACCAAAAGCUUCCUCCUGAUAUAGUUGUUUAAACGAUAAAAAAAUGCUCCCCCUCUGAAGACUACUUGUAUAGUUACAUGUAUGGAGAUGGGGAGGCAGGAUGCAUAUAAAUGUAUAUAACAUGUAUAGGGAGAUCUGCCAAUCCAAGACUCAGAUAGUGCUGUUUCAAUGUAAUGAAGAUUCUAUGUACAUAUUUUUAGUAACUUAUAUGCAAUAAUUUCUCUGUU